AUGGAUUCCGAAUUACAAGCUAUUCGCGAAGCAAGACUCGCAGAACUCAAGAAACAUUCCGGCCAAGACCCAGGCUCUGCUACUCAAAGACCCGCAGGCGAGUCUGUCGCAGCGUUUCUCGAACCGCUUGCGCUCGAAAGGCUCUCGCGAGUUUCGCUGGUACGGCCCGACAGGGCUCGUGCCGUCGAAUCGUACUUGCAACAGAUGGCCUCGAGAGGUCAAAUCAGCCAAAAGAUAACAGAAGCAGACGUUGUUCAAAUUCUGAACGGUAUUGCCAGAGACGAAAAAAAGAAGAACGAUACCAAGAUCAUCUUUGAUCGCCGUGAAACCGUCGCCGACUCUACAACGAUCGACCCUCCGGACUCCGAAGAUGACGACUUUUUCGACUAG